UGAAUGUUCUUGUAAUAAUUGUCAGUUGUUAAACUGAAUGUACUUUCUCUCUCACACUUUUCAUUUCCUUCAGAGGGCAGAGGUGGCUCAGAGAGAGGCGGAGACUUUGAGGGAGCAGCUCUCGUCGGCCAACCACUCUCUCCAGCUGGCCUCGCAGAUCCAGAAGGCGCCGGACGUGGAGCAGGCCAUAGAGGUGCUGACCCGCUCCAGCCUGGAAGUUGAGUUGGCCGCCAAAGAGCGGGAGAUCGCCCAGCUGGUGGAGGAUGUGCAGAGACUCCAGGCCAGCCUCACGAAGCUGCGUGAGAACUCGGCCAGCCAGAUCUCCCAGCUCGAGCAGCAGCUGAGUGCCAAGAACAGCACGCUCAAACAACUGGAAGAAAAACUCAAAGGACAGGCUGACUAUGAAGAAGUGAAGAAAGAACUAAACAUUCUGAAAUCCAUGGAGUUUGCACCGUCCGAGGGCUCUGGGACACAGGACGCGUCCAAGCCCCUGGAAGUGCUGCUGCUGGAGAAGAACCGCUCGCUACAGUCCGAGAAUGCCGCGCUGCGCAUCUCCAACAGCGACCUGAGCGGGUCAGCCAGGAGAAAAGGGAAAGACCAGCCUGAGAGUCGGCGUCCUGGACCUUUGCCGGCCUCCCCUCCUCCUCAGUUGUCCCGCAACACGGGGGAGCAGGCUUCCAAUACUAAUGGUACACACCAGUUCUCACCAGCGGGGUUAACGCAAGACUUUUUCAGCUCAUCCCUGGCAAGCCCCAGCCUACCCCUGGCUUCUACGGGAAAAUUUGCACUAAACUCUCUCCUCCAACGACAGCUAAUGCAGUCCUUCUACUCCAAGGCCAUGCAGGAAGCAGGAAGCACAAGCAUGAUUUUUUCAACAGGUCCAUACAGCACAAACUCCAUAUCUUCCCAAAGUCCAUUACAACAGAGCCCAGAUGUAAAUGGCAUGGCCCCGUCUCCCAGCCAGUCAGAAAGUGCUGGGAGCGUCUCCGAGGGCGAGGAGAUAGACACGGCAGAAAUCGCCCGGCAGGUGAAGGAACAGUUGAUCAAGCACAAUAUCGGACAGCGCAUUUUCGGACACUAUGUCUUGGGACUGUCUCAAGGGUCCGUGAGCGAGAUUCUGGCCCGGCCCAAGCCCUGGAAUAAACUGACCGUUCGCGGCAAGGAGCCCUUUCACAAGAUGAAGCAGUUCCUCUCAGACGAGCAGAACAUCUUGGCCCUUCGCAGCAUCCAAGGCAGACAAAGAGAGAAUCCAGGCCAGAGCCUGAACAGACUAUUUCAGGAAGUACCGAAACGAAGAAAUGGGUCCGAAGGUAACAUCACGACCCGGAUCCGAGCCUCCGAUACCGGAUCCGAUGAAGCAAUCAAGUCCAUCCUGGAACAAGCCAAAAGGGAGCUGCAGGUGCAGAAAACUGCAGAGCCCGCCCAGCCUUCGUCCACAGCCGGCAGCGGGAGCUCGGACGACGCCAUCCGCUCCAUCCUGCAGCAGGCCCGGCGCGAGAUGGAGGCCCAGCAGGCCGCCCUCGACCCCGCCUUAAAGCCUGCGCCGCUGUCCCAGGCCGACAUCGCCAUCCUGACCCCCAAGUUGAUACCCUCCUCGCCCAUGUCAUCCGUGUCCAGCUACCCUCCGCUCGCCCUGUCCUUGAAGAAGCCCCCCUCCGCCCCCGAUGCCGGUGCUUCCGCUCUGCCCAACCCCCCGGCCCUCAAAAAGGAGUCCCAGGACGCGCCCGGGCUGGACCUCCAGGGAGCGGCCGAGUCUGCGCAGGGGGUCCUGAGACACGUGAAGAGCGAGCUGGGCCGCAGCGGCGUGUGGAAGGACCACUGGUGGAGCACGGUGCAGCCGGAGAGGAAGAGCGCCGUGCCCCCCGAGGACACCAAGUCGGAAGAAGCCAGCGGCGCCAAGGAGAAAGGUGGUGGCAGCCAGCCGCGGGCCGAGCGCAGCCAGCUCCAGGGACCCUCGUCGUCGUCAGAGUACUGGAAGGAGUGGCCCAGCGCCGAGUCGCCGUACUCCCAGAGCUCGGAGCUGAGCCUGACUGGAGCCAGCCGCAGCGAGACCCCCCAGAACAGCCCCCUGCCCUCCUCCCCGAUCGUGCCCAUGUCCAAGCCCGCCAAGCCCUCGGUCCCUCCGCUGACCCCGGAACAGUACGAGAUCUACAUGUACCAGGAAGUGGACACCAUCGAGCUCACCCGGCAGGUGAAAGAGAAGCUGGCCAAGAACGGCAUCUGUCAAAGGAUCUUCGGGGAGAAGGUACUGGGCCUGUCCCAGGGCAGCGUCAGUGACAUGCUGUCCCGGCCAAAGCCUUGGAGCAAGCUGACCCAGAAAGGCCGCGAACCCUUCAUCCGGAUGCAGCUCUGGCUCAACGGCGAGCUGGGCCAGGGUGUCCUGCCUGUGCAGGGGCAGCAGGGGCCAGUUCUCCAUUCUGUGACGUCACUACAGGACCCCCUGCAGCAGGGCUGUGUGAGCUCAGAAAGCACUCCAAAGACCUCUGCCAGCUGCAGCCCUGCACCCGAGUCACCGAUGAGCUCUAGCGAAUCCGUCAAGAGUUUGACUGAGCUGGUCCAACAGCCCUGUCCCCCCAUUGAAACGAGUAAGGAUGGCAAACCACAAGAGCCCAGUGACCCACCUGCCUCAGACUCCCAGCCCACCACCCCUCUGCCUCUUUCCGGACACUCGGCCCUCAGCAUCCAAGAGCUGGUAGCCAUGUCUCCAGAGCUGGACACCUACGGCAUCACCAAGAGAGUCAAGGAGGUGCUGACGGACAACAAUCUCGGUCAGCGCUUAUUUGGGGAGACCAUCUUAGGGCUCACCCAAGGCUCCGUCUCCGAUCUCCUUGCUCGCCCAAAGCCCUGGCACAAGCUCAGUCUGAAGGGACGGGAGCCCUUUGUCCGGAUGCAGCUAUGGCUGAAUGACCCCAACAACGUGGAGAAGCUGAUGGACAUGAAACGUAUGGAAAAGAAAGCAUACAUGAAGCGGCGGCACAGCUCAGUCAGCGACAGCCAGCCCUGCGAGCCCCCCUCCGUUGGCAUUGACUACAGCCAGGGCGCCAGCCCCCAGCCCCAGCACCAGCUAAAGAAACCCCGAGUGGUGCUGGCUCCCGAAGAGAAGGAGGCUCUGAAACGAGCUUAUCAGCAAAAGCCAUACCCGUCACCAAAAACCAUCGAAGAACUCGCCACCCAGCUCAACUUGAAAACCAGCACCGUCAUCAACUGGUUCCACAAUUACAGGUCUCGGAUCCGCAGAGAACUGUUCAUUGAGGAGAUUCAGGCCGGGAGCCAGGGCCAGGCCGGGGCCAGCGACUCCCCGUCGGCCCGAAGCAGCCGGGCAGCGCCCAGCUCGGAGGGCGACAGCUGCGACGGCGUGGAGGCCGCCGAGGGGCGCUGCGCAGAGCUGCAGGUCCACAUCACCGAGGCCACGGCCACAGCAGCCGAGCAGAGGGAGUUGAUCGCGCGCUUGGAGCAGGACCUUAGUACCAUCCAGUCCAUCCAGCGGCCGGACGCCGAGGGCGCAGCUGAGCACGGCCUGGAGAAGGUCCCAGAGCCCAUCAAGGAGGCCACCGCCCUGUUCUAUGGACCCUCGGCACUGGCCAGUAGCACCCUCCCCGAGGGCCAGGUGGACUCUCUGCUCUCCAUCAUUUCCAGCCAGAGGGAGCGUUUCCGUGCCCGGAACCAGGAGCUGGAGGCUGAGAACCGUCUGGCCCAGCACACCAUCCAGGCCCUGCAGAGCGAGCUGGACAGCCUGCGUGCAGACAACAUCAAGCUCUUCGAGAAGAUCAAGUUCCUGCAGAGCUACCCGGGCCGUAGCGGAGGCAGUGACGACACGGAGCUGCGGUACUCCUCCCAGUACGAGGAGCGCCUGGACCCCUUCUCCUCCUUCAGCAAGCGGGAGCGGCAGCGGAAGUACCUGAGCCUGAGCCCUUGGGACAAGGCCACGCUCAGCAUGGGGCGACUGGUUCUCUCCAAUAAGAUGGCACGCACCAUUGGCUUCUUCUACACGCUAUUCCUGCACUGCUUGGUCUUCCUGGUGCUCUACAAGCUGGCGUGGAGCGAGAGCAUGGAGAGGGACUGUGCCACCUUUUGCGCUAAGAAGUUCGCCGAUCACCUGCACAAGUUCCAUGAGAAUGACAACGGGGCGGCAGCCGGUGACUUGUGGCAGUGA